GAGCAUUUUACCCAGAGUACACCGGGAAACAGACAGGGGAACAUGGCGCAGGGUCGAUGAGGAGGACGCUGAACAUCGAGGAUUAUAUUACGUGGAUAUUUUUGAGAUCAUGCUGAAAUCCUAAAAUGAGAGUGUGAAAUGGUCUCACUUCCGAAGUCUUGGAUAUCUAUCACUGCCCCUUUGAUGAAUAAGAGGAAGACGCGUCUCAGGAAUACCUGCAAUUGUAUUCAUAAACAUUUCUUUAGGACUUACAAUCCCUGAGCAUUGUUUUGGAUUCACAAACGUCACAUUUCAUUUGAUUAUUACAUGGGAAGAUGGCUGAGAGAAAUAAAAGGAACAUAGAGGUCCUACAAGGAGUUGACAGACUUCGAGUGGAGCAUAAGAAGGUGGUGAAAGGCUGCGAAGUUCAGAUCCAGCACUGGGAGAAGGUAAAAGGUGACUAUGAAGCCCUUGAGGAUCAACUCAAAACUCUUCCAGAUGAGGUGUCCUAUGACAUCAUGGUGCCGUUUGGCCCUUUGGCAUUCAUGCCUGGGAAGCUGGUCCAUACCAAUGAGAUCACUGUGCUACUGGGAGACAACUGGUUUGCCAAGUGCUCUGCCAAGCAGGCCCAGAAGCUCUUGGAGCACAGGAAGAAACAUGUAAGGAGUGCGCUGGAUGACUUGCACAAGACGAAGAAGAACUUUGAAGCCAGAGUUGGGUUCACAGAGGAUCUUGAAAAACUCUCAGGCGCUAAAGGGGACUAUGUGGACAUCAGAGAAGAGGUUGGAAGUAUUGAAGAAUUUGUAAGCAAAGGAAAGCAGCGUGUGGCCCUUAAGCCCCACACUAAGCCCAAAAUGGAGGCUGUUGUGAAGAUGGAGGAGGAGGAGGGAGAUGGAGGGAGUAGGAGAGCAGUGCUGUCUGAGGAAGAGCUGUGGGCCAGACUGGAUGAGCUGGAAGCAAAGGAGAAGCUUGAGGAGGAACAUGACCGACACUUUGGAAGUGCAGACACCAACGGCAAUGACGACACAACAUCCUCUGAGGAAGAGAAGGAGGGAAUUGGUGGCGGUCAUCAUCGCGUCAACAGACAUGACGAGAGGAGUGAAGGCAAGAUGACUGUGCCUCACAACAGUGGCCAAGUUAACGGUACAACCAGGGACAGGGAGGAGGAGGAAGACGAGGGAGAGGAGGAGGAAGGCAACGGUUUGCCUACCAUCUAUUUCUCUCAUACGGUGGAACCCAAGAAGGUGAGGAUAAACACAGGGAAGAACACCAUGUUGAAGUUCAGUGAGCUGAAAGAACAGAAGCAGCAAGCCAAGAGGAAAAAGAAGAUCGGCACCAGUAAUGGUCACUCUCACCACGGGCUCCACAACAUCACCACGCCCACAGACAUCUACAGGUUGUUUGUGGAUGUGAAGAAUGGCGAGCCCAUCCCCAGGAAGUCCAUCCUAAAGUCCCGGAGCAGAGAGAACAGCGGAUGUAGCGACACCAGCGAGAGCAGCGCUGCCGACUUCGAAGAGCGCAGGACGUUCGGACGCACCCUGAGCCACGACGAGAACACGUGCAGCGACACCAGCGACGGCAUCACCGAGGAGGACAGCCCCACCGGGAACCCUCUACACCCCACCAGACGCUUAGAGGCCUUUUCAUGCACAGUGGUGGAGAAGGAGCCCAUUCCCUUGUCGAUCCCCCACCUAACCAUCGUCCCACCAGCUCUGCCCACAAUCCCAGAGCGGAAGCUGGAGGAGGUGGCCCCCGACGCCCCUCGUGAGGCCCCUAAGCGGGUGUCCAAGUUCAAAGCUGCCCGGCUGCAGCAGAAGUGACCCUGCAAAGCCAGUCUCCAGGAUUCACACUACUGGCCCCUUUUUAACAUAGAUGUUCUACGCCAGCACUUUGUUGAGCUGGACAGACUGUGAACCCUCCCUAAUAUCUGCCAUGUCUCUUCUUCUUUUGUCAUCACUCUUCAAGCCUUUAUUCUUCUCUUUCACAAUGCUUUUCCUGUUAGUACACAGGGUAUCUAUUACAGUAGGACUGUUCUAUAAGAGGCAGUACUCUGUAAGAGUAGCAUAGCAUUGUUUAGAACGCUUGCGCUUAACCAUUUACCUGCCUUGUAAGGAACAUCAAGCUUUUGUUGCUAAGUAAGCACUUCAUUGCAAUAUGUAUUUAAGUCAAGAGGUUGUUUAUUUAGAGCCCUCAUCCUCCAACAUUAUGGCACUACACUAGUCCACACUGCCUAGGUGCUCAUUUUAUGGUGGUUGAUCUCGUGUCAGUGUCUUGACAAGGCCAGUGGUUUACCACUCUAUUUGUUUGAUCCAUAAUUUUGCCUGCUAUGCUGAAAACGACAUGCUCUGUGUCCAUUUAUUUUUUUCCUUUUUUAUUUUCUACGAUUAUUCUACACAGGGUCAUAUGCUGACUGCCCUUUAUUGUCCCCAAUCCCCUUGUACCUGCCUAAUGCCCACCUCUGUGUUCAGCUUUAUGUCAGAAUAAACAUUGUUGUAAACUGGAAGGAAAAUAAAAGAUUUUGAGG